GCUAGAGAAAAAUUCAAAGACUUUUACAAAGUCUUGUAAGCAAUUUACCCUAAACAAUAAGAUAUUGGUAUUCUUCAGAAAACAAUCAAAAUUCUCUUCAUAUCAUUUUUUUUUGUUCGUUCUUCUUCAGAAAACAAUCUUCAUUUUUUUUGUUUUUGAAUUUUUUUUGGUUCAAGUAAAACCUAACACCACACGAGUCUUUAAAAGUAUGAAUCUUUAAAGAGUAAACACAUCUUUAAACAAAGACCACAAGACACAGAAUAAAACCAGAAAAAUCAGAACCCAAAGCCAAAGCGUUUUUAUCAUUUCUGUCUUCUUCUGUGUAAACAGUAAGACCCCAAAGGUCAAACCUUUAGGCUUUGUUUCUUCCUUUAAGGCUUUUUUCCGACGUUUAUAUCAGAUUUCUUCUUGUCAAUUUCUUCAUUUGGACAACCUCCAUAAUCCAAGACCGACCCUUUUCCUCUAAUCUCUCCUGUUGCAGCUGAAUGGUGGAACAAACUGUGGUUAGAGAACAUAUCAAAGCGAGAGUCAUGUCAUUAGUGAGGUCUGCAGAGCCAUCCUCAUAUAGGAACCCGAAGCUUUACACGUUGAAUGAGAAUGGUAAUAACAAUGGUGUCAGUUCUGCUCAAAUCUUUGAUCCAGAUAGGUCAAAGAAUCCUUGUCUGACUGAUGAUUCUUACCCAAGCCAAAGUUAUGAGAAGUACUUUCUUGAUUCGCCAACUGAUGAGUUUGUUCAACAUCCUAUUGGCUCUGGUGCCUCGGUUAGCUCAUUUGGCUCUUUAGACUCAUUUCCUUAUCAGUCAAGACCAGUUCUUGGAUGUUCCAUGGAAUUUCAGUUACCGUUGGAUUCAACCUCUACUUCAUCUACAAGGCUUUUGGGAGAUUACCAAGCGGUUUCUUACAGUCCGAGCAUGGAUGUAGUGGAGGAGUUUGAUGAUGAGCAAAUGAGAUCAAAGAUUCAAGAGCUUGAAAGAGCGCUUCUCGGCGAUGAAGAUGAUAAAAUGGUUGGAAUAGAUAACCUCAUGGAGAUUGACAGCGAAUGGUCGUACCAAAACGAAAGCGAACAGCAUCAAGACUCGCCCAAAGAAUCAUCGUCUGCAGAUUCCAACUCUCAUGUAAGUAGCAAAGAAGUGGUGUCUCAAGCCACUCCAAAGCAAAUCUUGAUAUCUUGUGCUCGUGCGCUAUCUGAAGGAAAAUUAGAAGAAGCUUUGUCAAUGGUAAAUGAGCUGAGGCAGAUAGUUUCUAUCCAAGGAGACCCUUCUCAGAGAAUCGCAGCUUACAUGGUGGAAGGUCUAGCUGCAAGAAUGGCCGCUUCAGGAAAAUUCAUCUACAGAGCAUUGAAAUGCAAAGAGCCUCCUUCGGAUGAGAGGCUUGCAGCUAUGCAAGUCCUGUUUGAAGUCUGCCCUUGUUUCAAGUUCGGGUUUUUAGCAGCUAAUGGUGCGAUACUUGAAGCAAUCAAAGGUGAAGAAGAAGUUCACAUAAUCGAUUUCGAUAUAAACCAAGGGAACCAAUACAUGACACUGAUACGAAGCAUUGCUGAGUUGCCUGGUAAACGACCUCGCCUGAGGUUAACAGGAAUUGAUGACCCUGAAUCAGUCCAACGCUCCAUUGGAGGGCUAAGAAUCAUCGGUCUAAGACUCGAGCAACUCGCAGAGGAUAAUGGAGUAUCCUUCAAAUUCAAAGCAAUGCCUUCAAAGACUUCGAUUGUCUCUCCAUCAACACUCGGUUGCAAACCAGGAGAAACCUUAAUAGUGAACUUUGCAUUCCAACUUCACCACAUGCCUGACGAGAGUGUCACAACAGUAAACCAGCGGGACGAGCUACUUCACAUGGUCAAAAGCUUAAACCCAAAGCUUGUCACGGUCGUUGAACAAGACGUGAACACAAACACUUCACCGUUCUUUCCCAGAUUCAUAGAGGCUUACGAAUACUACUCAGCAGUUUUCGAGUCUCUAGACAUGACACUUCCAAGAGAAAGCCAAGAGAGGAUGAAUGUAGAAAGACAGUGUCUCGCUAGAGACAUAGUCAACAUUGUUGCUUGCGAAGGAGAAGAACGGAUAGAGAGAUACGAGGCUGCGGGAAAAUGGAGAGCAAGGAUGAUGAUGGCUGGAUUCAAUCCAAAACCAAUGAGUGCUAAAGUAACCAACAAUAUACAAAACCUGAUAAAGCAACAAUAUUGCAAUAAGUACAAGCUUAAAGAAGAAAUGGGUGAGCUCCAUUUUUGCUGGGAGGAGAAAAGCUUAAUCGUUGCUUCAGCUUGGAGGUAAGAUAAGUGACAAGAGCAUAUAGUCUUUAUGUUUCAUAAAACAUAAUUAUGUUUUUACUGUAAUCUUGGGUUAUUGUGUAACUGGUUAAAUCAUCUCCAUGUAUUAUUACCAGAGGUUAGGGGUGAUCACAGGUACUAAAAGCUAAUCUAACACUUAUGGAAGAAUUUUUCUUUCUUUUUUUUCCCUAUUAUAUAAAAAUAAUUAGAGUUUUGGUUCUAAACCUAUUUGCUAAGUGUGAAUGAGUCUUUACAUGUUCAUAUUUCAGUUCAAAUGGUUAAAUUUGUUAAGGUUCUCACUUA